GGAUAUUUACUUAACUCUUUUUACUCGUAUUAAAACCAAUUGUCAUGGGAAGCGAGAAAGAAAUCUUUGGUUGGGAGAUUAGUUUUUGCUUGGAGAACCCUCGUUAUACAGAAAAGAAAUAAUGGAGCGAUGCUCGACUAUCCUCGCAAAGAAGAAGAGAGAGAUUAAUGUGGAAGAGGAUAAGAUAAGUAAACUGCCAGAUGAAGUCCUCGUUUCGAUUCUGUCUCUCUUAACAAUGAAAGAAGCAGCAAGGACUAGUGUUCUUGCCCGUCGAUGGCUCAAAGUCUGGACUUUUUGUCCCUCCUUGAAUUUUGCUGCUUCACAUACUUUUCUCUCAAUUUAUAGAGAAGUAAGAAUGGCUUCCGAGGAGGAAAAGCAGGGAUAUGUUAAUUGGGUUAAUCAUGUCUUGGAUGCAUAUCAAGGAUCCACCAUAGACGACUUUCAAGUUCAUUUCGACUUGGAUACAAAGUACAAAUGUGAUAUUGAUAGAUGGGUUAACUUUGUAAUCCACAAGGGUGUUAAACGGCUUGUGAUAGACUUAGGGGUUCAUUAUAUUGGUGGAUUCCGUUCAAAUAAUGUUUACCUUUUCCCUCCAUCGUGUACCAACAGUGCUCUCCAGAGUACUCUGCAUUUGCUAAGAGUUCUCAAGCUAAAGUAUGUGGAUGUAAGUGGAGCUAUUGUUGAAUAUUUCAUAUCUGCUUGCCCCUACCUUGAAAAAUUGACCAUUGAAGGUUCAACUUCCCAAGAUCUUGUCCGUCUGAAGGUUGCUGGUGGUCAAUUGCAUCGCUUGAAGAAAGUUAAGAUACAUAUGUGCGGUUAUUUGAAAAGCAUAUGUCUGUCCACAACAACCCUUUUGUCUUUCAAGUAUCGAGGUUCGAUAAUUGACAUCUCAUAUGCAAAUGUUCCCAAUCUUGUUGAAGUAUUUAUUGGAGGGUUUUUCCCUGAGAUGAUCUCCUACUUUCCUCGGCUUUCGAAUUAUGUGUCUCAACUGGAGACGCUUACGAUAUGUGUGCCAGUGCUCCAGGAUGAGGAUGAUAUGGAAGAUAGGGAACCACCGGAAUUUCCUUUGUUGACAAAGGUCAAAAAUUUGAAUUUGAGAGUUUGUGCAUAUAAUCAUGAAAGUCUUCUUGUUUUUGAUUCCUUGAUGAAGGCAGUUCCUUCCUUGGAUAGGCUUGUGGUACAGUUAACUAAUUCGGAGGAGACUAUUAAAAGGCGGAGGAGGACACAAGAAGUCCCAGAGUCUCCACUUCGAUGCCUCAGAGUAGCUGAACUUGUUGGAUUUUUGGGGCGGACUCCUGAAAUGGAAUUUGCCACAUAUUUGAUUAAGAAUGCGGUUAUGCUAGAAAAGUUUAUCAUUGAUCCUAUCCCUCAUCGUUAUAUUCCAUGGAAGUUCGAUGACGUGAGAUUCAAGAACAUACAAGCCAGUAGGAAGUCUGCAAUGCGUCUCAGAUCUAAAUUCUCUCUUGGGAACAAAUUAGUGCUCCGUAAUUUUUGAGUUCAGUUUAACUAUUUAUAAUAUUUGUGUUCAGUUUAGCUAUUUCUCUGUAUCAUUUUGAGUGGCAAUUGGAACUUUAGGAUAUUUUAUUUUUCCAUUUGAGCCUUAACUGGAAGCUAGGGCAAUAUAUUCUGGUUUUUCUCUUUCAUAUGUUCAGGUGCUUGAAUCUAUGAAUUACCAUAUUGGGAAAAA